AACCUGCAUCUGGAUUGUCUAUAGGGUAGUUUGGUUCGUAUUCAAAGCACACAUUAGACUGGAGUAUCACUGGCACGAACUCUGGACCUCAGUCAUUGGGGUACUCGGAUUUCUCUCUUCCAAACUGGAUAAUCUGGCCACAACUGGUGGGAUUGAACAGCUUUGUCGAGCAACCAUCCUGCUGCUUGAUUUUUGUCUCGCCAAGUGUCAGUUAUUCUUGCCGACACCUCAAGCGAUCCAUCAAUUUGUGUAUGAGCUGGUGCGAUCUGCGCCUGUUCUUGAGGCUCAAUUGGCUCUGCUCC